AUGUCUUCUCACGACAACAAUAACAACAACUCCAACGAGCCAUCCAGAAUAUCCGGAAAUAAGGAAUACUACCAAGGCGCUGCCAAAGAAAAAGUAGGUCAACUCUUAGGCAAUGAAAAACUCCAGGCAGAGGGCAACUACGCCAAGAAUAAGGGAAUGGCUGAGGUUGAGGCGGCCAAGACGAAAGGCUACGCGGAGGGAACAACCGACAAAACCAAGGGUACUGUUAAGAAUACAGUCGGCUCUGCAAUCGGUAACGAACAAUGGCAAGCGGAAGGUCAGGCGGAUAAAGCGGCGGGUAAUGCCAAACAGGAGGCGAACAAGUAA